AGUUUGGCGGUUAGAAACACCCUGGAGCCGUUACUUCACCGCUGCGAUGUCCUCAGCGGGGAGAUGGACUGGGACCAGCUGGAGCUCAACCCGAGGAUCAUAACAGCCGUGAGGAGAGCUAAACUGAAGUCCGUCAGGGACGUGUUGUGUCUUUCUGGUCCGGACCUGCAGAGACUCACCGGUCUGUCCCGCUCUGAUGUCCAGCAGCUGCUCACCGCCGCCGCCACCAUCUGCAGACGACACCCUCCAAUCCCAGCCCUCCAGCUCCAUCGUGAAGAGUGUCGCAGGUUCGAGUCCGGCCCCAGACUCAGCGUUGGAUGUCCCAUACUGGAUGAGCUGCUGAGGGGGGGUCUACCCGUGGGGGGCAUCACCGAGCUGUCAGGAGAGAGCGGAGCGGGAAAGACUCAGCUGGCUCUGCAGCUCUGCCUGUCUGUACAGUACCCAACACAGUACAGAGGACUGAACUCAGGAGCGGUGUACAUCUGCACCGAGGACUCGUUUCCCAUCAAACGACUGCAGCAGCUGAUCAGAGAUCAGUCCUGUCUGCGCUCUGACGUCCCUCCAUCACUGAUCAGCAGCCUACAGUUCAGUGACCACAUCUACAUCGAACACGCCGCUGACCUGGACUCCCUGCAAGCGUGUCUGUCUCGCCGCGUCCCCCUGCUGCUCGCUCGGGGUCUGGUCCGGCUCCUGGUGGUGGACUCGGUGGCAGCUCUGUUCAGGUGUGAGUUCCAGGCUUCUGAUUGGCUGGAGAGGACCAAACAGCUGCUCAGCUUCUCCUCCAAACUGCACCAGCUGAGCCUGGAGUUCACCACACCUGUCCUCUGUAUCAACCAGGUGACGGAUGUUUUCAGCAGCUCAGAUGACACUUUGGGCCCACUGUCCUCCAACGUGUCGCCGGCUCUCGGGUUAGCCUGGGCCAAUCAGGUGAUGGUCCGGCUGAUGAUGCGGCGUCUCCAGGGAACUGUUGCCCAUGGCGACCAGAGCAGCGCCCUCCGCAGGCUGGAAGUGGUGUUCGCUCCUCACCUGGCCCGAAACGGGCGAGACGUCGCCAUCUGGAGGGAGGGAGUCCGAGGAGUGACGAGCUCUGACGGAGAAACAAAACACACAGAUGUAUAUAAUGAAGUGUGUGAGAGACAUUAAAGUAUGUAAACUGUAUACAUAAUACAACUCUCCCAUUUAAAUGUAUAUAAAACACACAGAUGUAUAUAAUGAA